CAUACAUACAUACAUACAUACAUACAUACAUACAUACAUACAUACAUACAUACAUACAUACAUACAUACAUACAUACAUACAUACACACAUACACAUAUCAUUAGGUUCAUUGUGAUUUUGUAUUAGAAAGAAAGCAAAAGGAAAAAAAAAAAAAAGAAAAGAAAAGAAAAAGGAAAAAGAAACAAAAAAGAUAGAGAAGAAUAAAAGCGUCGUAAAGUUUUUGCGAAUGAUCUUGCACAUUCACACUUUUCAAACGUGUUCUUCCUCGGUGAAAUUGACGACGUUCGUUUCAGGCGACGACGAUUCGGAUUGUUCGUCCCGUAUAAUAACAAAAUCGUGAUAAUAGAUACUCGUCGACGUGUUGUUAAUCUUGCCGUUAAUUCUGUUAUUGUCAUUCUUGCUGCUGUUUGUCGUGUUUGUUAAAAUAUCGAUACAAUCGGUGCACGAAGUGAUAUUUUUGAUCAAACGGAGCAUAGGGCGGGGGUGUGAAAGGCUAGUUUACGAAGUGGCACCGAGGUGGAGGUUCCUCGGACGAAUCCCGUGCCUAGCGGUUUCCUCUGGAGGCGCUCAGAAAACAGUCAAGAUCCAUCGCUGCUCGGAGAUGUCGGAAAGUCAAGUUUUCGGCCCAGGGAGAUCAUGACAGGAACAUACCGGAGAUCGGUGAGUACAGAAAGCGCGUACGAAGAUGAGGAGCAUAUCGCCAGGGGCGGAAGGACCCCUGGUGAAAACGAUUUCGACGAGGAAGGUGCCGAUGGAACAGUCACUGGUACGACGUUCUAUCUAAGAAUGGCGACGAACACGUCAAGGGGUCAAAUAUCCGGCGCGGGAGGAGGCUUCCUUAGGGGUGCCGGCCAACAACACGUCAACUUCGAUCCAGAAGCACCCCCGUUGCCACCCCUAGAUACCACCCAACAGACUACGAACCUCCUCGAGAGACCCGAUGCCGAUAAAAAAGUUAAGAGGCACAGUAUCCAUGGAAUGAUGGAAGAGGAAAACGUGGUAAGACCUCACCAGGAAAUGACGAGUCUUUCUAUGCAAGAGAAAAAAUAUUUGCUUGCAGUAGAGCGAGGUGAUGUGGCAUCGGUAAGAAGAAUGCUUCAAAGUGCACAAGAGACCGACUUGAACAUCAAUUGCGUGGAUCCUUUAGGAAGAUCAGCCCUCUUGAUGGCAAUCGACAAUGAGAAUCUCGAAAUGGUGGAAUGGUUGAUCGAGCACAAAGUCGACACGAAGGAUGCUUUACUUCAUGCGAUUUCGGAGGAAUUUGUCGAAGCUGUCGAAGUUCUACUCGAUCACGAAGAAGUUUAUCAUAAGGAUGGUGAUCCACACAGCUGGGAAGCUCUACCGCCGGAUACCGCAACAUUCACGCCGGAUAUCACGCCGUUGAUCCUCUCGGCUCAUAGGGACAACUACGAGAUCAUCAAAAUCCUCCUGGAUCGUGGUUCGACUCUACCAAUGCCGCACGAUGUUCGUUGUGGAUGUGACGAAUGUGUGACGUCCAGGAUGGAGGAUUCCUUAAGGCAUUCGAGAAGCCGAAUAAACGCUUACCGUGCCCUGGCAUCGCCAUCACUUAUAGCUCUUUCCUCGAAGGAUCCAAUUCUGACGGCCUUUGAACUCUCUUGGGAACUCCGUCGACUAUCCUUUCUCGAGCACGAGUUCAAGUGCGAGUAUCAGGAACUCAGGAGACAAUGUCAGGACUUCGCUACGGCUUUACUCGACCAUACAAGAAGUUCCUACGAGCUCGAGGUUCUUCUCAAUCAUGAUCCAAAAGGGCCUGCGUUCGAGCACGGCGAGAGAAUGCAUUUGAAUCGUUUAAAAUUGGCUAUAAAACUUAGACAAAAAAAGUUCGUCGCGCAUCCAAACGUGCAGCAGCUAUUAGCAUCGAUUUGGUACGAGGGUCUUCCCGGUUUUCGUAGAAAGAACAUGCUUCUUCAAGCUAUGGAAAUCGUCAGGAUUGGCUUACUCUUUCCACUAUUCAGUGUGGCAUACAUCAUAGCACCUCACAGCAGCAUCGGUCAGACUAUGAGGAAACCAUUCAUCAAGUUCAUCUGUCACUCGGCAUCAUACUUCACUUUUUUAUUUAUGUUAAUUCUAGCAAGUCAGAGGAUAGAAAGCGUAAUCGGUAAUUGGAUUGGGCACAGCGUUGUUGACCACGAUUCUGUAUCAACCAAAAGGGGUGCUGCACCAACUAUCGUCGAGUGGUUCAUAUUGGCCUGGGUCUCUGGAUUGAUAUGGUCGGAGGUGAAACAACUUUGGGACGUGGGUUUAAAGGAAUACGUGAACGAUAUGUGGAACGUGAUAGAUUUUGUGACGAAUUCUUUGUACGUCGCUACGGUAGCCCUCAGAGUAGUCGCUUAUUAUAGGGUACAAAAGGAAAAUGAAGGUCAGCAGCCAGGUUUUCAGACGGAACUGCAGCGUGAACAAUGGGACACUUGGGAUCCUAUGCUUAUAUCGGAAGGCCUCUUCUCAGCCGCCAAUAUAUUUAGUUCUUUAAAACUCGUCUAUAUAUUUUCCGUGAAUCCCCAUCUUGGACCUCUUCAGGUUUCUUUAUCGAGGAUGGUUAUGGAUAUCAUGAAAUUCUUCUUUCUCUACGUUCUAGUUUUGUUUGCUUUUUCUUGCGGUUUGAAUCAACUUUUAUGGUAUUACGCUGAUAUGGAAAAAAAGAGAUGCCCAACAGCAAUGCAAUAUCCAAUGAACGUUAACAUUACAACAGAUUCGAAUGCUUGCAUCGUUUGGCGACGAUUCGCCAAUUUAUUCGAGACCACUCAAACGCUUUUCUGGGCUGUCUUCGGAUUGGUAGAUCUCGAAAGUUUCGAAUUGGAUGGCAUUAAAGUGUUCACGAGAUUUUGGGGUAUGUUAAUGUUCGGCACCUACUCGGUAAUCAAUAUCGUCGUUCUUCUAAAUCUUCUAAUCGCCAUGAUGAAUCAUUCCUAUCAGUUAAUAUCCGAACGGGCUGAUGUCGAAUGGAAGUUCGCCAGGAGCAAACUUUGGAUCAGUUAUUUUGAGGAAGGUGGAACAGUUCCACCACCGUUCAAUAUCAUUCCUACACCAAAGAGCGCUUGGUACGUCGGCUUGUGGAUUUAUCGGAAACUCUGUGGUCAUAGUAGAGCCGCCAAAAAGGAACACAUGCGAACGAUCAGGAGAAAAGCGAAGCAAGCCUCACAGCGUGACUUUCGUUAUCAAAGUAUAAUGAGAAAUUUGGUUAGGCGAUACGUCACCGUUGAACAAAGAAAGGCCGAGAACGAGGGUGUCACCGAGGACGACGUAAACGAGAUAAAACAGGAUAUUAGCGCGUUUCGUUGUGAAAUCAUUGAGAUUCUUAAAAAUUCUGGGAUGAAUACGUCGACGGCAAGUGGUUCCGGAACUGACGGUAGCCUUAAAGAGCUGUCCAUAGGUGCGGGAGGUAAGAAGAACCGGCAGAAGGAACGGCGCUUGAUGAAGGGAUUUAAUAUAGCUCCACAACCUGGCAGUAGUUCUACACUGUUAGAACCGGUCGCGGAACUAAUUGCCUCUUGGAAGGAGGUAGAACAUGAAAAUUCUCAUCACGAGAUCUUUGGUUCGACGCGAAGCGAGAUAUUUGGUUUAGGUACGAUGCCGAAGAAGACAUUACAUCAUAGUAACGCGUGUAGACAAAGUCGCGGUGCUAGAAGUAGCUCGAAGAAAAAACGUUGGGAUACUUUGAUCGAAGCUGCUAAGGCUCACAAAGUUUCGAAGAAAUUCAUCAGUAGAUCUCGUUCCGAGGAUUCAGUUUAUUCACCAGCAUCCGAAGAUGGUGGCUCGAGAUCGGAAGGUUCAACGGAUUCAAAAUCUUCUUUAGAAAUUCAUGGUAGUCAUGAUGUUCACAGUCAUCAAUCCCAUCAACACAGUCAUCAUUCACAUCAUACAGAAAGUCAUCACUCUUUUGGCCGUCUUGCUUUAGUGUCUGCUUUGACGAAAAAACGAAAAAAGUUCUCGGCGUCGAGAGCUUCGACCCCAGCAAUGACCAGCACCAAUUCUAAUCCAAUGGAAAGUACGACACAGCCUAUAGCUUCGAUUCUUUUAUCGAAAGUUUCGAAAAAACAGUUGCAUCGUGCUAGCAGCGUACCUACAAGAGGUCCAGAACUUGGUUCACAAACGAUAACACCUCGUAGACACGAAGUCACACAGAGUCAACAGCCGAGUUUGGAUACCGCCGAGAUCGUCAGUGUUAGCGAGCAACAAAGAGUUGUUAGUGCUGUUCCAUUGACACCAUCGACCACGGAGGAGAGCGUUAUUGCUAGCGGAGCGAUUUCAAUGACAGUUAAGACAAAUGGUUCGGCAACGCAACUUCAACGAUUACCUGGCAUCGAGCCGAUCUCUGGACACGACGUAUCAGCUGGUUGGCUCUGAGCACGGCCCCGUCAUCGAUUGGUUCGAUGACGAGCCUCGGCGAUUACACGAUCACGAAUAUCCCAAAUGUCCCAAGAGGAAUAUUACGAGUUCGAGCGCGAUAACUCGUACGACAAAGUUGGCGACGAUGAGAAUCAACGAUAAUUCGCGAUUCCGAGGUUCGAUAAUAAUAAGAAGAAAAAUAAAGAAGAAGAAGAAAAAAAAAAGAAGAAAAAGAAGAAGAAGAAGAAGAAGAAGAAGAAACAAAUCUCGUCGCCUUCGGCAGACGCACACAAUGAUGCCUUUUUUUCACGACGACGCGCCUCGCCAAUUAUAUUUACGUGUCCGUCGAGAACGCGAAACUCCGAUGAAACAAAAAGAGAAUAAAAAUUCAAAAAAAAGAAAAAAAAAAAAAGAAAAAAAUAAAAAAAAGAAAAAAAGAAAGAAAGAAAAAGAAAAUAAAGAGAAAUAAGGA